ACUGUAAGCAACACAGUCUUAACAAGACAGGCGUCAUGGAGAUUAUUCAACACGCCAGCGGAAUAUGAACCCGUUGUAUUUGUUGUGUAUAGCGACGGCACUCGACAAUUGGUCAUAUGUACUUGGUCAUUGACUCAAAAAGCAGUCACUUCCAGUGAGAGAAGUGACCCAUUCACUGCAAGAUGGUUCGCUUUCUCCUUUCAGUCUCACUGCUCUUAGCGGUCAGACGAUGUGCCGGUGAAAUGAGAGGAACACUGAUACAAGCUACUACCUUCUACAACCGGUUUAAGGCUCUCCCAACGCUGCGAUGCAGUACAGCCUACGGGACGGGCACCCAGUCAGACAAACUCCUUGAAAACAACCCAGUGAACGUAAACACUGUGAGAAGCUAUCUUACCACAGAUGAACAGAGGACGUUCUACGAUCAACUGAUAGCUAGUCCAGACCAUGAUAUCGGUGUGUUCACUGUGGAGGAGAUUCAUACCCGUCUUGUCUACAUCGGGGACCAGCUAGACGUCACGUCACGUCAGACAUAUCUCAAUAUCCGGAGUCUGUGGGACACCAUUGAUUACUAUUCGCUUCUGUUCGUCAUAAACACGUGGGAGCCGUCCAUCCACCUCAUUAUGAAGGGGAACCUGAUGUGUGAUCUGAUGAGUCGGAUGGACCAGGACAUGUUGUCAGCCGUCUGUACGAGGUUGAAGGAGCCAUUGGUUACCGUGGAAACCCUCUCAGAGUAUCUCGACAGAUGCGCGUACUGCGCUGGAGUAGCUGCCUUGGCCAGACAAGGAAGAGAGACUAUCCGAUGGAUGCCAGGGUACAAGGCCAAAGCACUGUUGGACAAACUGAAACAGGCGUAUCCCUUGCCGUCAGACUGGGACAUCCCGCUGCUGACGUUGGUUCCCGACGCUCUGACGGAGAAGGAUGUGGACCUUGUUCAAAGCUCGGCGUUUUGUGAAAGCACCCAGAUGGAACGUCUCGUACACAAUGACUUCUACAACUACAUAACCCGGGGAGUGAAGAUUCGAAUUGCUGAACGGAUCCGAAGCUGUGUUGGUCAGCCACUGUCCUCAUGGUCAGCCGACACGCUACAGAUGUACGCUCCGUAUAUUAUCUACCUGUCCGAGAAGCAACUGUUAGCCGAGAUGCCCAUGUCAACAGUGGCUGCCCACAUAGCUAUGUUCAUCAAUGAGACUGACAUUAUGCGGACGAAGUUCUUCAAUGCGGUGGCCUGGCUUGUCGAGACGUACUGGCUUGAGGCAUCCGGAACCCUGGACGACCAAACAAAAACUCUACUCGUGUGUGUGAAUCUGAAAUUUGCAAUGGACGACAAAUUCUUCGCCAGUUUGAGCAACGAUGAGAUGAAGAUCUAUUUUGAGCUCAAAGAUGUGUGUUCUCCUCUUAAAAUAUCUGAGGCAGAAGUCGCGCCUGUGAUUGAGUUAUACGUAGCGGCACAAGGAUUCACAUGGGAUGUGGAACACUUAUCGCUGUUCGGGGACAUUAUGGGAGGAGUGCGACUGUCCAUUCUCGAGGCUAUUCCUACAAGUCUGUUCUGCGACAACUGGGUGUCUCUCAAAGACACGGGCUUCCCUUAUCCGGUGAUAUUGUCACUGAGGGAGAAGUGUAAAGACAUCAUAAAAUUAGCACCGUUUGAUUCCUGGGACUGUACCAAAAUUGAGUCUUUGGGGAGCUUUCUGGUCGUGGUGACGGAGACAGAAGCCGAUAUCAUCCCCGCGACCGCCUUCAUGGAGUGCUCGGUCUACCUGCAGGAAGUGGCUGACAGGACCGGGGUAUGCCAGAAGAAUCCCGCACUUUGUGACGUCGUUGUCGGGAAGAUGAAAGAGGCAAGCGGCUCCCUGAGCAGUGUACUCGAGCAGUUCGGCUCCACAUUCAUGAAGGCGAUAGAUGACGUCAGCCCAGCUGAUAUUAAGCUCGACGAGAUAACGUCAUUGGCUUCAUUGCCUGUUGACACAGAAAUGGCGGCCAUGGUGUGGAAGAAGGUGACGGAAGCGUACGGGAGUGUCACCAGUGGCAACAUUGAGUACAGCUCCGAGAAAAUCGCCGCAAUGCCAGCGGUAUUUGCCCUUGGAGCAUCUACCGAGGACUUCAUUAAUCUACCGGAAGGCGACGGACUGAUGAAAGCUUUGAAUCAGAUGGCGGACCACAUAUCUUCCAUGUCAGGGAAAAAGAUUGAGAUCAUUCUUGACAAGCUGAAGAGAGUGUUCGGCAUUGAUAACAGUGCCAGCCGGGGAGUAUGCAUAGAGCCGGCGCUUGCCGAGGAAGUCGGAAUGUAUUUUGCACGUGCAAGUGUGAGCGACCUCAGCAAACUGAACCUCAAUUCCCUCAAAGCAGUUCUCAGGGUCAUCGGCCAGAAGUAUGAGUACGUCAAAUUCCUCAGUCCAGCCAAGAUGAGGUCACUCACCAAGGUCAUGCUUAAAGUAGACGGGAUCGAUUACGCGUUAAGCUACAAACACGAGGACUUGGACAGGUUUGGACCCUACAUGUGGUGUGGCCUUGACUCCAGCCAGGCAUCCAAGCUGACCGCCUCAGCUCUGUCCAAGUACCUGACGGAGGUCACUCGGUGCAUUCACUACGACAGUCCAACAAGGGCCGCCAUUGUCAGGAGGGUUAAGCAGGAUCUUCAACAGAACGGCUACAGCUUGUACGACAGACCCGAUAUGAUGACGGCUUUAGGCCAUUUCCUGCCUGAUAUUGCCGACGACAUCAUCAACGAUGCUUUGACAAUUGACCAGACAGACAUGGUAAUCUAUACGAUCUACAACAUAUUCUUCAAGAUCUCGAAUUUUCUCGAUGAAAUGGCGACGAUUAACGAGAACGAAAUAGGCAAAAGUCAAAGACAGGAGUAUGCGAGCAACGUGGAAAAACUAGGGUUGUACCUAUAUUCCAAGGCCGUCAGUCCAGGAGUAAGGAAGAGGAGAGCCGCCACCAGUACCAGCACAUGCACUGUGCUAAAGGACUUCCAAGGGCAGUUGGGCUUCCUGACUGAGAGCAGCGUCCAGGAUAUGACCCCUACUGACCUGGUUGACUGUUUGGAUGAAUUCCAGAAUGUCUCACUCUCCGACGAUGUCCUCGUUGUGCUGGCAGGGAAACUCACAGCGGCUGAUGGUCUAGGUGACCCGUCCACCUGGGAGAACGGGGAUAUUGCUGGAUGCGGGAAGCUCCUCGACGCUCUGCCUGCAUCGGAUAUUGAGGCCAUCAACUUCAACGAACAAGCCAUGGCUGCCAUAAAUCACAUCAACCUUUCGAAGAGGACGGAUAUAGUCAGCUCCUACCUGACUGACAACAGCAUCAGUGAUACGUCAACGUUGACAGCUAGCACGCUGUCGAAGAUGGGGAACCUACUGUGUGGCUACACUGUUGCUCAGAUCGACGCUUUGAACCAGGAUGAGGCGUACAAAGCUGCCAAAGACCUUUGUCACAUUGCGUGUCUAAGCAAAGAGCAGCUCCAAGCUUUUGGCACCAAGAUCGCAGCCUCUGUUGGCAACGACUGGGCGUCCGUUGACCCGUAUGUCGUGGAUGCUAUGGGUGUCUGCAUGGGUGGGGUACCGUCCACGUCGCUCAAUACCUUGACCUCGGAGCAAAUCAGCAACUUACAACCAAAGGCGAUCAACAGUAUGCCGGCCGAAGUUUUUGCCGAGGUGUUUGACGCCAGUGAGCUUCAACUGUUGAGCAGCGACCAGGCUAAUGUUGUGACUGAGGAACAGAAGGCACAGUUGGGCCCCACUCAGUUGUCUUCCUUGAACUCCAGGUCUUCCCUACAAGAGGAGGAUAUCAGUGUGAUCGCCAGUCCCUUUGACGGAGGAAUUUCCAGUCGCUGUAGCUACAUUCUCGUGACCCUGGGGCUGAUUCUCGUGACCUUUACGAGAUGUAUGUGAAAUCUCAUAUUUCAAUAAUGCCAUGUUGUAUAUAUGUUUGAACAAAGUUGUCAGUCAAUAACGACAAGGACAUAUUUUUGUCCACUCUUUUUUACCAGUAAUGCAGGCAUUAUCAACUUACCAUUGCGUUCGUCCGUAUGAUGAAGGGCGGGUAACUUUAAGCACCAUGGCUUCAGGAGCGUGAUACAUGCAUAACUUUUCACCAUUUGUACAGUGAAUCCGGAAUAACAGUUACAAUUCUCUUUACCGAAACAAGCACGUCUGUGAUAUUCUUCUGUUUAAAGUGUAAUUAUUUUUUUACAAUUUGAAAAAUAAAAUAUUUUUUCACA